AAGAAUCAAGCAAGGCACCUAAGAAGGGUGCAACAAAGGCACAGCCAGCAAAGGCGGUUACUGGGACCAAAAAGAGUGUUGUCAUGUCCAGUGAAGCACUCAAAGAGAUGCAGAAAAAGGCAAAAAUCAAUAAGGAUGAAAGAAGAUUGCAGAUGGAUGCAAGAUAUCAGUACCUGAUCCAGAGGCUGUCAGAUGCAAUGGGGGCUUCUGUAACAGAAGUGGAAGACUUUAUUUUAAGUGAUGACAAGUUUGGAAUGAUAGAAAAUUUCUUUGAUCCCAAUGGCCCAAGAAAACUGAUGUUCUUCCAUCAAGAAGCGGUCCGUGAUAAUGUCUACUCCAGAACUGAUGCUUCCAGUGUACAUAACCCUAACCCUGUAAAAAAACUAUUUAUCACAACUGGAGAGACAGAGAGUCUUCAAGGCACUUGCUACUUCUUCCUAAAGUUGACAGUGGGAGGCAAAGGGAUCACUGUACAGAAUGUGGCCUCUGAGGUGUUCUUUGGAUUCAUGGAUGGCUCCAAGGGAGUCCUCAGUGGCUUUGAAGGAAUUAUGGCCAAAGUGUUGGUCCCAGCUAUAAAAUCAUUGGAUAGCUGGGGUUCCUUGAAUGACAGCAGCAAUGCCCAGGUGGCAGAAUUCCUGGAACUCCUGGAAAAGUUUGUGAACAGCCUGUCUGGUGCCCGGGAAAGUAUGGAUGGCCAGGUUCAUCUCUCAGAGGAGGGAGUUGGAUAUCAACUAGAUGAAAUGAAGACAGCAGCAGACUUCCAGGCAGCAGCUAACAAUGCUGAUGCUGUUGAGAAGCUGGAGGAGCUGUUGAUGAACUGGGCUAAGCAGAUUGACCAAGUUCUCACAGAGAGUGAGCAGAUGAGACGUGAGGCAGACGACAUUGGUCCUACCGCUGAGUUGGCUUACUGGAAAAGUAGGACAGCCAAGUUUAACAACCUACUGGAAGAAAUCAAGAGCCCCAAGUGUAAAGCAGUGGUUGGAGUCCUUAACUGUGCCAAGUCCAAGGCUUUGAAGCACUGGCGUGAACUUGACUCUCGCAUCACAGAUGCUGCCAAUGAAGCGAAGGACAAUGUCAAGUACCUGUACACACUGGACAAGUUCUUUGGACCACUUAUAAAAUGCAGUCCGUCUGCAAUGUGUGAGCUGGUGCCCAGUCUGAUGAAUGCUAUCAGGAUGAUCUACAGCAUUUCUGGCUACUAUAACAGCUCCGAGAGGAUGACCUCGCUGUUUGUGAAGGUCACCAAUCAGAUGAUCACCACCUGCAAGGGAUACAUCAUGAGGGGAAGCUCCAAAGUCUGGGACAUCCCCAGGCCAGAGUUACUUCAGUACCUCCAGGAAUGUAUCCAUCUAAAUGAAGCCUACCAGAGACACUUCCAGAAGACCAAAGAGAAGCUGAGAGAAAACCCUCAUGAAAGGCAGUUUGAGUUCAGUGAGAACUACAUCUUUGGCAAGUUUGACACUUUCUGCAAGCGUCUGGAGAAGAUUGGUGACAUGGUCAACACUAUGGAGAACUUUGCUGGCCUUGGAGACAUCAGAAUUGAAGGCAUCGAGACCCUGGCAGUGCGUUACAAGACCAUUGUAGACUCUGCCAAAAAGAAGAGUUAUGAUAUUCUUGAUCACAGGAAGGGAGACUUCGAUGCAGACUACUUGGAAUUCAAAAACCAGAUAGAUGGGCUUCAGAAUCAGCUGCAAAACUUCAUGGACUCUUGGUUUGAAAGAAACUUGACUACUGACAAGGCUCUUGUCCUGCUGGGUAAAUUUGAAAGGAUAAAGGGUGCCAAUCUUGACAUGAAUGAGAAGUACAUGAAAGUGCUGAUGAACUAUGGCCGCGACUUGGAGAAUGUGCGCAAGACCUACCAGAAGUUCAAGAACGAGCCCCCAGUGCCGCGCAACUUGCCACCAGUAUCAGGGAAGAUUGCCUGGGCCAGGCAGCUGUAUCGUAAGAUAGAGUACCCCAUGAAGGUCUUCAAGAAAAGACCAGAAAUUUUGAGGAAUAAUGAAGCAAAGAAAGUGAUCAGAAACUACAACAAAAUGGCCGCAGUGUUGAUGGAGUUUGAGAUGUUGUACCAUCGUAGCUGGUAUCGUGCCGUGGAUGCAGCCAAGGCAGGCCUGGGCGCCUCCCUCCUGGUACGCCAUCCAGAGACCAAGGAGCUGUAUGUAAACUUUGACCCCCAGAUCUGUGAGCUGGUUCAGGAAGCCAAGUACCUCCAGAGGUUGAACCUAGAGAUACCCGAGUCUGCCCUCAGACUGUGCAUGAACAUUGACAGGAUCAACUCCAAUCGUAUUGCUUUGGAGGAAAUGCUGCAGGAGUAUGAUGGUAUAGUGGCUCGCAUUCCACACAUCUUGCUUCCCCUGAUGCAGCCAUUCAGAGACCAGGUGGGAGAGGCUCUGCUGCCCGGCCUCAUGGCUCUCACAUGGAACUCACUCAAUUUGGAAGCCUACCUGUCCAAUGCCUACCGCUCCAUGAGUGACCUGGAGAAGCUGGUGAAGCAGGUGUCUGAUAUCUUGGAGUGCCGUAUUGAGGCUGUCCUGGCAGAGAUGGGGUCAAUCGCACUGUGUGACCUGCCUGAGGACGAACCCAUUACUGUGGAUGAAUUCCUCAAACUGACUGGAGAGACUUGUGCUCAGGCUUCUGAUACACUCAUAAAGCAAAGUCAGCUUGUGGAAUCAUCAGUGAAUGACCUGGUGGAGACCCUGAAGAUGAAUCUUGCCCCCAAGGACAGAGUUAACCUGUCCCCAGAGGAGAGCUAUGCCUGCUCCUCUCCUGACCCCAAACACAAGAAGCAGCGCUGCCUGGAAUGCCAGCCUUGUUCUUACUACCAAUUGCUCAACAAUUUCACACAGAAGAACACUGAUGCACUGAUCAAGUGCACUCGCUUAAGUCUUGAUGCCAUCAAGAAACGCCUGCAGAUGAGCAACAAGUACAAGUCCAGUGAAGACAGCAAGGAGGAGGAGCGCCCCCCACUGUUCAAGGCAGACAUCAUUCUGGCCAUCCCCAACGUGAUGGUCCGCCCCACCAUGGAGGACAUGCAGACCAAGCUGAACAAGGCAGUGACCACCAUUUUGGAUAUGUCCAAGGUGAUCCCACAGUGGGAGCACAUGAAGCUGCAUCAGAGACUUCAGCUGAAGGAACUUGAAGCUGCAGUCUCAGAUAAGGAUGACAGUGAUACCAAGGUGAUUCCCCAGGCUGCAAUGAAGCCACUCCAUAAGUUGAUCAGUGACCACAAGGAUGUGGCCAAGAUUGUUGUUCAGUUGCAUAAUAUUGUCAGCACCUUCAAGACUGAGGUGCAAGAAGUGCUCAACAGCUUCACUAAAUACUCUGAACUCUGGGCUACAGACCCUGAAGAAAAAGUCAAGGAGUUUGUGGCCAGUGACCCAGUUAUGUCAGAAUUUGAACAGCAGGUCAAAUACUAUGAGCACCUGGAAAUUGAGAUUGAAGAAAUCCAAGGCACUUACCGUGUUGGAGCUGUGAUCUUCCUGACAGAUCCCAUCAAGCUGGCCUUGAAGUCGGAGACCAGUGCCUGGAAAGUGGCCUACGGCAAGAACCUCAACGUGAAGUGCGCUGGACAGAUGGACGAGAUCUUGGACUUCUUCGACAGAACCAUGAAGGUUCUUCAGCGUCCAUGCAAAGACCUGGAUGACAUCCGUGCCCACAUGGCUGCCUUGACAGAGAUGAGAGAGAACGAGAUUCGUAUUGAUAUGACUAUCCUGCCCAUUGAAGAGGCCUAUGCCAUGUUGAGCAGAUACAACCUGUUCUUCAAUGAUGGCAAUGCUGAGAGAGUUGAUACUUUGUCUUAUGGCUGGAAGAAGUUGAAGACGCAGGCUCUGGAGGUCCAGAACCAUCUGCUGAAGAUUCAACCAGAAUACAAGGAGGAUCUUCUUCACCGUGUUGAGGUCUUUAUGCAGGAUGUCAAUACUUUCUAUGCAGACUAUGACACAAAAGGUCCAAUGGUUCAAGGUAUUGCACCAAGAGAAGCCUCAGACCGUCUGAACAUCUACCAGGCCACAUUUGAUGAGCUGUGGCGCAAGUAUCAGACCUAUUCAGGUGGUGAGGAGCUGUUUGGCCUCUCUGUCACAGAUUACCCUGAUCUUCAGAGGAUCCGUAAAGAGCUGAAUCUCCUGCAGAAGCUGUACUCUUUGUACAACCUGGUACUGGAGCGCGUCAAUGGAUACUAUGAUAUUGCCUGGGUGGAGAUUGAUAUUGAAAAGAUCAACAAUGAGCUGCUUGAUUUCCAGAACAAAUGCCGUAAGCUUCCAAAAGCACUGAAGGAAUGGCAGGCAUUUGAAGACCUGAGAAAGACCAUUGAUGACUUCAAUGAGACAUGUCCCCUGUUAGAGAUGAUGUCUAAUAAAGCCAUGAUGAGUCGCCACUGGGAUCGUAUUGCCUCAGUGACAGGACACACCUUGGAUGUUGAUGCUGAUAACUUCUUGUUGCGGAACUUGAUGGAAGCUCCAUUGCUGGCUAAUAAAGAAGACAUUGAGGAUAUUUGUAUCUCUGCUGUGAAAGAGAAGGACAUUGAAGCCAAACUGAAGCAGGUGGUCAAUGACUGGAGUGGACAGAACUUCCAGUUUGCUAAUUUCAAGGCCAGGGGAGAACUUCUCUUGAAAGGUGAUGUUGUUAGUGAGUUGGUCAGCUUAAUGGAAGACAGCUUGAUGGUCUUAGGUUCUCUGAUGAGCAACAGAUACAAUGCCCCCUUCAAGCCAAAGAUUCAAGAAUGGGUUCAGAAGCUGACGGGCACCACAGAGAUCAUUGAGAACUGGAUGGUGGUGCAGAACUUGUGGAUCUACCUGGAGGCUGUGUUCGUGGGUGGUGACAUCGCCAAACAGCUGCCACAGGAGGCCAAGAGAUUCGGCACCAUUGAUAAGUCCUGGGUGAAGAUUAUGCAGAAGGCCCAUGAGACCACCAAUGUUGUACAGUGCUGUAUGGGGGAUGAUACCCUGGGGCAGCUGCUGCCUCAUCUGCUGGAGCAACUGGAGAUCUGUCAGAAAUCUCUGACUGGGUACCUGGAGAAGAAACGUCUGGUCUUCUCAAGGUUUUUCUUCGUCUCAGAUCCUGCCUUGCUGGAAAUUCUUGGUCAGGCCAGUGAUUCACAUACUAUUCAGGCUCACUUGUUGAGUGUGUUUGAUAACACCAAGAGUGUUGUAUUUGAUGAGAAACAGUAUGACAAAAUCAUCAGCUUGGUGUCCAUGGAGGGAGAAACUAUCAACCUGGAGGAACCAGUUAUGGCUCAGGGCAAUGUUGAAGUGUGGCUUGGAGAUCUGUUGAGGAAUGGACGCAAAUCUCUGCACAGCAUCAUCCGCUCAGCUUCAAUCUCCAUCCAAGAUCCUUCCUUCAACUUGCUGGAGUUUGAAAACAUGUUUGCUGCGCAGGUUGGUCUGCUGGGUAUCCAAAUGUUGUGGACAGCUGAUGCAGAAACUGCUCUGAGCAAUGCUAAAUCUGACAAGAAGAUUAUGCAGGCCACUAACCAGAAGUUCUUGGACAUCCUGAACAUAUUGAUUGAGAUGACCACCACUGACUUGACCAAGGUGGACAGGACCAAAUACGAGACCUUGAUUACCAUCCAUGUACAUCAGAGAGAUAUCUUUGAUGAUUUGGUCAGAAUGCACAUCCGUUCAGUGGGUGACUUUGAGUGGCUGAAGCAGUCCAGGUUUUACUUCAAAGAGGACACUGACCAGUGCAUCAUCUCCAUCACAGAUGUGGACUUCAUCUACAUGAAUGAGUUCUUGGGUUGCACUGACCGUUUGGUCAUCACACCAUUGACUGACAGAUGUUACAUCACCCUGUCUCAGGCCCUGGGUAUGUCCCUGGGGGGUGCCCCUGCUGGACCUGCUGGAACAGGGAAGACUGAGACCACCAAAGACAUGGGCAGAUGUCUGGGGAAAUAUGUGGUUGUCUUCAACUGCUCCGAUCAGAUGGAUUACAGAGGACUGGGACGUAUCUACAAAGGAUUAGCCCAGUCUGGCUCUUGGGGCUGCUUUGAUGAGUUCAACAGAAUUGAGCUGCCUGUACUGUCUGUGGCUGCCCAGCAGAUUGCCAUUGUCUUGACUUGUAAGAAGGAGAAGAAACCAGUUUUCAUUUUCACUGAUGGUGAUACUGUGGACAUGGACCCAGAAUUUGGAAUCUUCUUGACAAUGAACCCUGGUUAUGCUGGCCGUCAAGAGCUGCCAGAGAACUUGAAGAUCAACUUCCGCACAGUAGCCAUGAUGGUGCCUGAUCGUGCUAUCAUUAUGCGUGUCAAGCUUGCCAGUUGUGGUUUCCAGCAGAACGUCAUGCUGUCUAAGAAGUUCUACACACUGUAUAAGCUUUGUGAGGAACAGCUCAGCAAACAGGUCCAUUAUGAUUUUGGUCUACGUAACAUUCUCUCUGUGUUGAGAACCCUGGGAGCUUUCAAGAGGUCAAAUCCAGAAGAUGGAGAAAGCACCAUUGUCAUGAGAGUCCUGAGAGACAUGAACCUCUCCAAACUUGUGGAUGAAGAUGAACCACUGUUCUUGUCUCUGAUUGAAGAUUUGUUCCCUGGAAUGCAGCUGGACAAAGCAGGUUACCCUGAGGUGGAGGCAGCCAUUGCCAAGAAUGUAACUGAGAUGGGUCUGAUCCAGCACUCUGCAUGGAUCCUCAAACUGAUCCAGCUGUAUGAAACCCAGCGUGUACGUCACGGUAUGAUGGCACUGGGUCCCAGUGGAGCUGGCAAGACCAAGUGUAUCCACGGCUUGAUGAAGGCUAUGACAGACUGUGGCACCCCACAUAGGGAGAUGAGAAUGAACCCCAAGGCUAUCACGGCACCUCAGAUGUUUGGUCGUCUUGAUGUCGCCACCAAUGACUGGACUGAUGGUAUCUUCUCUACACUGUGGAGACGUACACACAAGAGCAAGAAGGGUGAGCACAUUUGGCUAGUACUUGAUGGCCCAGUAGAUGCCAUCUGGAUUGAGAACUUGAACUCUGUGCUGGAUGAUAACAAGACCCUGACCCUGGCCAAUGGUGACCGUAUCCCCAUGGCUCCCAACUGUAAGAUUUUGUUUGAGGUCCACAACAUUGACAAUGCCUCCCCUGCCACUGUGUCCAGAAACGGUAUGGUGUUCAUGAGCUCGUCCAUCCUGGACUGGUCACCCAUUCUGCAAGGCUGGCUGCUCAAGAGACCUCCAGCACAGGCAGAUGUCAUCUUCUCAUUGUUUGAGGGCAUUUUCCCAGAAUUGUACCAAUACAUCCUGCAGAGUCUGAAUCCCAAGAUGACUAUACUUGAGUGUAUGUAUAUCAGGCAGGCCAUAGAUGUCCUGGAGGGCCUGAUCCCAGAGAAAGGGGACAGUAAGGAUGACAAGGAUAUCAGCAAGGCACACCUGGAGAAGCUGAUUGUUUUGUCCAUUAUGUGGUCUCUUGGAGCCCUGCUGGAGUUGGAUGAAAGGAAAAAGCUUGAGGAGUUCUUGAAUAACAAGAAAAAUGACGUCAGUCUUGACCUGCCCCCUGUAGAAGGGGAUGAGACCAUCUUUGAGUACAUUGUCACAAGUGCUGGCGAGUGGGAGCACUGGAGAAACAGGGUCCCUGAAUACCUGUAUCCCUCAGACAGCACUCCAGAGUAUUCCUCCAUCUUGGUCCCCAAUGUGGACAAUGUGAGGACAGACUAUCUCAUCAACACCAUUGCCAAGCAGGGCAAAUCUGUGCUGCUCAUUGGAGAACAGGGCACAGCCAAGACUGUCAUGGUGAAGGGUUACUGCGGGAAGUUUGACCCAGAAACCUUUGUUUUCAAGAGUUUUAACUUCUCCAGUGCCACCACAGCACAGAUGGUACAGAGAACUGUGGAAAGCUUUGUGGACAAGCGUAUGGGUACAACCUAUGGUCCUCCAGCUGGCAAGAAGAUGGCUAUCUUCAUUGAUGAUGUCAACAUGCCCAUCAUUAAUGAAUGGGGAGAUCAGGUGACAAAUGAAAUCACUCGUCAGAUGAUGGAAACUCAUGGCUUUUACAACCUGGAGAAACCAGGAGAAUUCACCAACAUCGUGGAUGUCCAAUUUAUAUCCGCCAUGAUCCAUCCUGGUGGUGGCCGUAACGAUAUUCCACAGCGACUCAAGAGACAGUUCAACAUUUUCAACUGUACCCUUCCAUCCAAUGCUUCCAUUGACAAGAUCUUUUUGACUGUUGGUUGUGGUCAUUUUGUCAAGGAACGUGGCUUUGCUGAUGAUGUAGUAGAAAGUAUUAAGACUCUUGUGCCAGCCACCAGACGCCUGUGGCAGAAAACCAAGAUUAAGAUGUUGCCCACACCUGCUAAGUUCCACUAUGUCUUCAACUUGAGAGAUCUCAGCAGAAUAUGGCAGGGUAUGUUGAAGACCAUUAGCAGUUCCAUAGAUGAUGCAUCUAAGGCUGUUUCUCUGUGGAAACACGAGUGCUAUCGUGUCAUUGCUGAUCGCUUUACCAUGCAGGCUGACAAGGACUGGUUUGAGAAGACUGUUAAACAGACUUGUGAAGAAGAGUGUGGCCAAGCAACUGCAGCUUUACUUCACGAAGAGCCAUACUUUGUUGACUUUAUGCAAGAAGCUCCUGAGCCAACUGGAGAGGAAGCUGAUGAUGCUGAUUUGGAAGCUCCCAAGAUUUACGAGCUUGUUGAAACACUGGACAAACUGAACGAAAAGUUACAGGCUUUCCAAAGCCAGUAUAAUGAGUCCAUUAGAGGUGCAAACAUGGACUUGGUGUUUUUCAAGGAUGCCAUGACCCACUUGGUGAAAAUCUCCCGUGUGAUAGGUAUGCCAGGAGGCCAUGCCUUGCUUGUAGGUGUGGGUGGCUCUGGAAAACAGUCUCUAACAAGACUUGCUUCCUUCAUUGCUGGAUACAAAACCUUCCAGAUUACAUUAACAAGAUCAUAUAAUGCAAGCAACUUGCUUGAGGACUUUAAAGUAUUGUACCGUACUGCUGGUCAGCAGGGAAAAGGAAUCACUUUCCUGUUUACUGAUAAUGAAAUCAAGGAUGAAGGAUUUCUGGAGUAUAUUAACAAUAUGUUGGCAUCAGGAGAGGUGUCCAAUCUCUUUGCUCGUGAUGAAAUGGAUGAGAUUCUGCAAGAAUUAGUCGCAGUUAUGAAGAGAGAAUUCCCCAGACGCCCACCCACUAAUGAGAACCUCUAUGAUUAUUACCUGAGCCGUUGUCGUGACAACUUGCAUGUUGUCCUGUGUUUCUCUCCUGUUGGUGAGAAGUUCCGCAACCGUUCCCUGAAGUUCCCUGGUCUGAUCUCUGGCUGUACCAUGGACUGGUUCCAGAGGUGGCCCAAGGAUGCCUUGCAGGCCGUCUCCAACCACUUCCUGGCCAACUUUGAUAUUGUGUGCACUCCACAGGUGAAGAGUGCCGUGGUGAACGUCAUGGGAGAGUUCCAGGAUUUGGUGGCAGAAAUUUGUGUGGAUUACUUCCAAAGAUUCCGCAGACAGACCCAUGUAACACCAAAAUCUUACCUGUCCUUUAUUGCUGGCUACAAGAGCAUUUAUGUAACCAAAAAGGGUGAAGUCGGUUUGUUGGCCCAAAGGAUGAACACAGGUCUGAAAAAACUGGUUGAAGCCACAGAAUCAGUUAAUGAACUCUCCAAAGAGUUGGUUGUUAAGGAAAAGGAAUUGGCAGUAGCCUCUAAGAAGGCAGAUGUUGUGUUGCAAGAGGUGACCACUAAGGCAACCGCAGCAGAGAAGGUCAAAGCCCAAGUCCAGAAAGUAAAAGAUAAAGCCCAAGCUAUUGUGGAUGAAAUUUCUGCUGACAAGGCAAUAGCAGAAGGCAAACUAGAAGCUGCUCGCCCUGCACUAGAGGAGGCUGAGUCUGCUCUGCAGACCAUCAAACCUGCCCAUAUUGCCACUGUGCGUAAGCUUGGGAAGCCACCACAUCUCAUCAUGAGGAUCAUGGACUGUGUGCUCCUUCUCUUCCAAAAGAGGCUGGAACCAGUGACUAUGGAUCCAGAAAGACCUUGUUGUAAGCCAUCUUGGGGAGAUGCUCUGAAGUUAAUGAGCAGCGGAAACUUCCUGGGUGGUCUGAUGGGAUUCCCUAAGGACAGUAUCAAUGCAGAGACUGUGGAGCUACUGGCCCCAUACCUGGAGAUGGAAGACUAUAACUUGGAGUCUGCCAAGAAGGUGUGCGGUGAUGUGGCUGGUCUGUGCUCCUGGACACAAGCCAUGUCUUUCUUCUUUGGCAUCAACAAAGAAGUAUUGCCUCUCAAGGCCAACUUGAUAGUCCAGGAGUCCCGCCUGAAUUCAGCUAUGCAUGAUUUGGGCCAGGCACAAGCUCAGCUGGAUGAAAAACAGAAGGAAUUGGAUGAGGUGCAGGCCAUGUAUGAUGCUGCUAUGAGAGAAAAACAGACCUUGCUUGAUGAUGCGGAUGCCUGUCGCCGCAAAAUGACCAAUGCCACAGCCCUGAUUGAAGGUUUGGCUGGAGAGCGUGUCCGCUGGACAGAGGCCAGUAAACAGUUUGAGGCACAGAUUAACCGGCUUGUUGGUGAUGUGCUCCUGGCCACUGGGUUCUUGUCCUACACUGGACCUUUCAAUCAGGAGUUCAGGAACCUCAUCCUGAAGAACUGGAAGAAAGAAAUGUCUACAAACAAGAUUCCUUUCUCCGAUGACUUGAAUAUCGUCAGCAUGUUAGUUGACCCUGCCACCAUUGGGGAGUGGAACUUGGAGGGUCUCCCCAAUGAUGAGUUGUCCAUUCAGAAUGGCCUGAUUGUGACCAAGGCUGCCCGCUUCCCUCUGCUCAUAGAUCCACAAAUGCAGGGCAAGUUUUGGAUCAAGAGCAGGGAAGGUAAAAAUGAAUUGCAGGUAACAUCCUUAAAUCACAAGUACUUCCGUACCCACCUUGAGGACAGUCUGUCCCUGGGCAGACCCCUGCUUAUUGAGGAUGUUGCAGAAGAAUUGGAUCCAGCUCUGGAUAACGUGCUGGAGAAGAACUUCAUCAAGAGUGGCAGCACUUUUAAAGUGAAAGUCGGAGACAAAGAAGUGGAUGUAAUGGAAGGGUUCCGGCUGUACAUCACCACCAAGCUGGCUAACCCAGCCUAUACCCCAGAGAUCUCAGCCAAGACCUCCAUCAUUGACUUCACUGUCACCAUGAAGGGGCUGGAAGAUCAGCUUCUGGGUAUUGUCAUCCUGACAGAGAAAGCUGAACUCGAGUCUGAGCGUACCAAGCUUAUGGAAGACGUGACAGCCAACAAGAGAAAGAUGCAGGAGCUGGAAGACAAUCUUCUCUACAGGCUGACAUCCACUGAGGGAUCCCUGGUAGAGGAUGAGUCUCUGAUUGAGGUGCUGAAGAACACCAAGGUGACCGCUCAGGAGGUCAGUGAGAAACUGUCCAUUGCUGCCGAGACCGAGAUCAAGAUUAACACAGCCAGAGAAGAGUUCAGACCUGUUGCAACUCGUGGCAGUAUCCUGUACUUCUUGAUUGUGGAGAUGAGCAUGGUGAACACCAUGUACCAGACAUCUCUGAAGCAGUUCUUGGGACUCUUUGACAUUUCCAUGGCACGCUCUGUCAAGUCUCCCAUCACAGGCAAACGCAUUGCCAACAUCAUUGAGUAUCUGACGUUUGAGGUGUUUAGAUACACAGUGCGUGGCCUGUAUGAGGAGGACAAGUUUACAUUCACAAUCCUGCUGACUCUGAAGAUUGAGAUCAACCAGGGGCGCAUCAAGAAUGAAGAAUUCCAGACAUUCAUCAAGGGUGGUGCUGCACUUGAUCUUAAUGCUGUGGAGCCCAAACCUAGAAAGUGGAUCCUAGACAUGACAUGGCUGAACUUAGUAGAGCUGAGCAAGCUGCCACAGUUUGGUCAGAUCCUGGGCCAAGUUGGCAGAAAUGACAAGGCCUGGAAAGCCUGGUUUGAUGAAGAUGCCCCUGAGGAGGCAACAAUCCCAGAUGGUUACACUUCCUCGCUGGAUACAUUCAGAAAGCUUUUGCUCAUUCGUAGUUGGUCUCCAGACCGUGUGAUUCCUAUGGCUAAGAAGUAUGUAGCCGAAUCUAUGGGUGUACAGUUUGCUGAAAGUGUUAUCUUGAAUUUGGAUGGCAUGUGGGAGGAGUCUGACAAACGCUGCCCAUUGAUUUGCUUCCUGUCACUUGGUUCUGAUCCCACUGACAGCAUUGAGAAACUGGCCAAACAGAAGUCACUGAAAUGUGGUGCCAUUUCUAUGGGUCAAGGUCAAGAGGUGCAUGCACGUCGUCUGCUGUCCAUUUCCAUGCAAGAGGGAAGAUGGGUUCUUCUACAGAACUGCCAUUUGGGCUUGAACUUUAUGGAUGAACUUCUGGAAAUCGUUCUCACCACAGAAUCAGUGCAUGAUCAGUUCCGCUGUUGGAUCACCACCGAGCCACAUCCCAAGUUCCCCAUCAACCUGCUGCAGAGCAGUAUCAAGUUCACAAAUGAGCCUCCCCUGGGUGUCAAAGCAGGCCUGAAGAGGACAUAUGCAGGCAUCACACAGGAGCAACUAGACAUCAGUAACAUGCCUCAGUGGCGCCCCAUGCUGUAUGGCGUGGCCUUCCUCCACACCACAGUGCAGGAGAGGCGUAAGUUUGGCCCCAUUGGCUGGAACAUCCCCUAUGAGUUCAACCAGUCUGAUUUCAAUGCCACUGUUCAGUUCUGCCAGAACCACUUGGAUGACAUGGAUCCAAAGAGGGGUGUGUCAUGGCAGACAGUGCGGUACAUGAUUGGAGAGAUCCAGUAUGGAGGACGUGUGACAGAUGACUAUGACAAACGUCUGCUCAAUACCUAUGCCAGAGUGUGGUUUGGAGAAAACAUGUUUGCUGAUAGCUUCCAUUUCUACAAAGGAUACAAGAUUCCAAAAUGCAAGACAAUAGAAGAGUACAGGAACAACAUUGAGCAGAUGCCUUUGCAAGAUACACCAGAGGUGUUUGGGCUCCAUCCAAAUGCUGACAUCACCUAUCAAACCAACACAGCCAACUCUAUGCUGGCCACAAUAAUGAACAUCCAGCCCAAAGACUCUGGAGGAGGUGGUGGAGAAACCCGUGAGACUAUCGUCUACCGUCUAGCAGACGACAUGCUGGAGAAACUCCCGCCAGAUUAUUCACCCUUCGAGGUGAGGGAUCGUCUGAAGAAAAUGGGUCAGUUGCAGCCAUUGAACAUCUUCUUGCGCCAGGAAAUUGAUCGUAUGCAGCGCGUCAUUUCUGUUGUGAGGACAACGCUAGUGGACCUGAAGCUGGCCAUUGAUGGUACUAUCAUCAUGAGUGAGAAUCUGAGAGAUGCCCUGGAUAACAUGUUUGAUGCUAGGGUGCCCAACUUCUGGAAAAAGAUCUCCUGGGAGUCUGCCACUCUUGGUUUUUGGUUUACGGAUUUACUGGACAGAAAUGCCCAAUUCUCCACCUGGAUCUUCGAUGGUAGACCAACCUACUUCUGGCUCACUGGAUUCUUCAAUCCUCAGGGCUUCCUGACUGCCAUGAGACAAGAGAUCACCCGAGCACACAAGGGCUGGGCCCUGGAUGGUGUGGUCCUAUCCAAUGAUGUCACCAAGAUGAUGAAGGAGGAUAUCACCAAUCCACCAUCAGAGGGUGUGUAUGUUCAUGGGUUGUUCCUGGAUGGUGCAGGCUGGGAUAGGCGUAAUGCUCGCCUUAUGGAACCAUCGCCCAAAGUGUUGUUCACGCCUCUUCCUGUGGUCCACGUCUAUGCCAUCAACACAGAGAGACCGAAGGGCAACAACCUGUAUGAGUGUCCAGUUUACAAGAAACCGCGCCGUACAGAUCUUACCUACAUCUUUGCUUUGCUACUGAAGACAGUCAAGGAUCCAGAUCACUGGAUUUUGAGAGGAGUCGGGUUGCUCUGCGACACCAAGUGAUCUAAAUAUUGUAUCAUUGUUUUCACUUUAUUUGUUUUUUGAAUUGGUCACUUUAUAUCUGUCUUGCCUGAUUUCUUCACAUUUUGGAAGUCUUGAGUUGCUCAAUGUGGACUAAACACAAUGAUAACAAGGACAUGAUUAAUGUAUUAUAUGAAAUUAUUUUGCCUGUACAAGCAUAAUUUGAACUUUAUGGUUCUGGGUCCAGUUUUAACCCACUGCAGUAUUACCCAAAUACUUGGAAUGCCAUUUUAUGGACUGCUUUGAAUUCUGUAUAAAGAUCACACAUACUCCCAAUGGAUUCAAGUCUUCGAAACAAAAGAUGUGAUAUGAAAGUUGAAAAAUCAAUUUACAACUUGUCAGUUCUCCUUCCAAUACAAUGAAAAUGUAAAAAAAUUUAUCAAAGUAUUAUAAUAUAUGGAAUUUUAGCUUUACAUAUGAUAAUGCAUAUUAUAUUUUCCAUUCAAGUGAAAAAAAAAAGAAAUCUAUGUUUUAUCAGCUGGAAACCUGCAUAAAAUGUUUUUUUCUGUUGGCUCGUUUUUUAGAGAAGCAUAUUUACUCAUUUUAUUAUACAGACUGUGAUUUAUUUGUGAAUUAUAUAUUUAAUGUGGACUAAUAUAAUAGCAUAAUUAUUGGGGUUUUAUGGGAAAGCACGUGUGAGAUUGAAUAACAAAUCUAUAUUUAUAUAUUGCUUUUUGUUUGUGCAUUUUAGUGCAACCGAAAUAAAAAAAUCUUUUAUGAG